AUGCGGGCCUUCCAAUUAAUACCGGCGGUCGUCUCGUCGCUGGUACUACUAUCGCAACAUGCUGCUGCGAGUCCUUUGGAUAUGGAAGGAGGCGAUCUCGAUAGGCGAGGAUGCUCUAAUCCAUGCGGCUUUUACAGUCAGCUCUGCUGCACAUCGAGUCAGACCUGCGUCACCAGCGGUGGUCAAGCAGUCUGCUCUGACUCGGGCAGCGGUAGCGACGGCAAUUACGACUACCACACCACCACCUGGACGGAGACUGAUACCAAAACUUAUACCUCGACAUGGAGCAGUCAGCGUGCAGGUCAAACUGCGGUUGGUGGAGGUGGCUCAGGCUCGAGUUCUGGAAGCUGCGAUUCCUCCAUCGGCGAAGAACAAUGCGGAAGUACCUGCUGCGGUGCUGCAUAUGUUUGCAGUAAUGGUCAAUGCAUCAUCGGAAGCUCCUCCAUCUGGGCCACUGCCACGGCCACGCCUCCGGUGCGAGGCACUAGCAGCGGCUUGUCGACUGUAACUGAGACCGGAAAUCCGACAACCACGCAGGCUUUUGAUACGCCUGUGAACACAGAUGGUUCGCCCGCGAUUGGUGUGAAAGCUCCGGAUGAUGAUGGGCUUAGCGGUGGUGCCAUCGCCGGUAUUGUCAUCGGUACCAUCGCAGGUGUUGCCCUCCUCCUGCUGGUGUGCGCUUGCUUGUGUUGCCGCGGAGCUUUGGCCGGUUUGGCAGCAUGCUUGGGUAUUGGACGGAAGCGAAACAAUGACGAGCAUUACUCGCAAGGCGGGAAGCCUGAGGGACGUACUUGGUUUGGGGCUAAACCACCUGCUCAGAGCGAGGCCGGCGGUGAAAAGAAAUCCAGAUGGGGCGGUCUGGCGACCAUCGGAAUCGUGCUCGGUGCGCUUGCGUUGUGUCUGGGAUUGAAGAGACACAGGGACAGGGAGCAUGACGAGAAGAGCAGUUACUCUUACCCAAGCUCAUACUACUAUUAUUCCGACUAUUACACCAAUUCGAGUAUGUCCUGCACUUCCCACCUUCCCCUGACAUCUGGUACUAACUGGUUUAUAGGCAGCGCAAGCUCGGAUAGGCGGACGAGAGAUACGAGACGAACAAGAGACACACGAGGCACGAGAGACACGAGAGGCACGAGAGACACGCGGCGGACUAGAAGAUCUCGCGCGCGUUCGGGUCGGUCAUGA